UUAGAGCACAAUUAGACAGGGUUUUUAGGAUAUUUGUGAUUUAAAGAAAAAGAAAAAUUGUAAUUAAAUCAAAAGGCGUCUCUUAAUUAAGGGAUGGAAGAGCCGUUCCUUAGAGUACACGUGUCGAGCACACGGCGUUGAAAAAAAAAACCGAAGUCUUCUGUUCUUCGUCUCUUCCUCUCUAUCGCUUGGCUUUCGAAAAUGCAGACCAAUUCGGAAAGAGAGCGACAUAGAUGAUUUUUUUUUGUUGUGGAUUCCCUCCGAUUGAGGAGAUAUGGCCGGAGCUAAUGCUGACGAUGAUCGUAACAACCGCCGGAUUGCUAGCCAAUCGACGGAUUCCGCCGCAGAUGUCCCUGGAAAACGCGGGAACGAGGAUGCUUCGUCUCUUGUUGAAAUCUCGUGCUCGAUUUGCCUCGAGUUGGUGGUCGACGACGGUUCCAGAUCCAGUGCUAAGCUCCAAUGUGGUCACCAAUUCCAUUUGGGGUCAGUGGUUGUUUGCAAAUGGCUCUACUCGGCUGUUUCCUGAGUUUGUCAUGGAAGAUUGGAUCCCCGAAGAAGAUUUGUAUGCUUUAAGCUAUCCAGAGAUGGGUUUUGUUUUGGUGUGUAGUGAGCUUCAAGUGCUCUCACUGCAAAUCCACCCUUCAAGUCAGUUUCUUUCUUCCCCCUUUCAUCACUCUCUAGCAUCAGCAGUGGGUCUCACACAAUCUCUUGUCAAAUAA